AUGCUAUCCCGCCUCCUUACAGCAAGCCUUUUGGCUGCGCUGUUUAAGGCAAUUUUCGCCUACUCUAACCCGGGUGCUUGCUCUGGCAACUGCUGGGCCCAUGAUCCGGCGCUGAUUGUUCGCGCCUCUGAUGGCGUCUACUUUCGUUUUAACACUGGCUCCGAGAUUGGCAUUCUGAAGGCUGAUAGCCUUGAAGGCCCUUGGGAAACUGAGGGUAGUGCACUUCCUGGAGGGAGCACUAUAAACCUCCCUGGUAAUACUGAUUUGUGGGCUCCGGAAGUCCACUUUAUUGACAACACAUACUAUAUGUACUAUGCUGUAUCGACCUUUGGCUCCCAAAACUCUGACAUUGGAUAUGCUACCUCGGCCACAAUGGAAGUCGGCUCAUGGACCGAUCAUGGUAGUACCGGUGUUAGGUCGUCUUCCGGCAGCCCCUAUAACGCAAUCGACCCUAACCUGAUCGAGGCCGGUUCAUCCUACCUUAUGAACUUUGGUUCAUUUUGGGGCGACAUUUAUCAGGUUGCUAUGCUCAAUCCUACUACAGCAUCUUCUGAUGCUCCCUAUCAAAUAGCAUACAACGCAUCUGGGUCGCACGCUGCCGAAGGGUCGUUUAUGUAUUAUUACUCAGGCUACUACUACCUUUUCUGGAGCGCGGGAACCUGUUGUGGCUUUGACACUAACAAGCCGGCCCCGGGUGACGAAUAUGCUAUUAAGGUGUGCCGCAGUACCUCUGCUACUGGUAAUUUCGUCGACCAAGCCGGGACGAGCUGUACAGCUGGUGGCGGUACCACUGUGCUUUCCAGCCACGACUAUGUUUAUGGUCCUGGUGGACAGGGUGUCUUUGAUGACCCUACGCGUGGCACUGUGAUCUAUUAUCAUUAUGGUUAG